GGUCCACAUCUGUCAAUUUUUCAGCCUCUAUAGUUUGGUGUGUUGUUGUGGUGGUUUAGUUUGUUUUAAAUAUUCAACUAUUUGAUACGGCAGACAACAUGAUACGGUUUCGGUUAUAGCGUUUUGUUAACAAUAUAAACUUUAGUGAAUUAUGGUGAAGGUGCUUAAGAUUUCUGUAAAUGUUUUAACGGACUAACGAUGAUUCAAUGGUAGGAAAAGACUUUUUGUGUGAGUGUCUUAGGCGGAGGUCUAGAAAAAUGCAGGUUUCCUAGCAAAAAAAUAGAAAUGUGGUAUUAAUCAUCAUUAGUUGCCACCCCUUCACCCGCUAUCAUUACCCUGUCCUGUUCAUUCCAAUAUAUCCUUUAACACUGUAACUACCUAAUCACCUGAAAAGUAAAUUCAUCAAAGCUCAUCUUUGCCGGUAAGCCCUUUAAACAACUGAAAUAAGAAUAAAUAAACAAUGAAGUCAUAUGACUGUGAUUCCUCCUCCGAAAGUGAGGACACCUCGCACGCCAUCUCUCGAGGAAUGGUUCAACCCCCGCAGUGGUUGAGGGGAAACCCCAUCGGAUCGAAUUGGGGAUGGCAGGGAAUGCCUGGUAGUUCGUCAGGUCCAAGCUCAUCCACCGUUCCCCUGGACCAUCAGCAAACCUACUCAAACUUUUCCACCGUUAACUCACAGGAAGAACCACAGGUACCAGGCAGGCGCACACCUCUGGGUGCCGUAGGUUUGGGUGGUUUUUACUUUCAAGCAUGCCAGCAAAACAUGACGGCUCCCCAUGGUCCACCUUCUGAUGAAAACAAUCCUGAUCCAGGAUGUUCUGCCGGCCAACAUAGCAGUCGUGCUUUAGAAUCGAGAACCUCCUCCUCCGCAAAUCCGAACGCAAAAGGGAAAGGUCGUCAGGGUAAAUCGGUCCGGUUGAAUAUAAACGCCAGAGAACGUAGAAGAAUGCAUGACUUGAACGACGCCCUAGAUGAAUUACGGGCUGUGAUUCCUUACGCUCAUUCGCCCUCCGUUAGAAAGUUAUCGAAAAUCGCGACUCUUUUGCUCGCCAAAAACUACAUUCUUAUGCAAUCGAACGCUUUGGAGGAGAUGAAACGGCUUAUUGCUUAUUUACAAGGUACGGCAGGUGCUACAGGUGCAGCGAUAGUUGCUCCCCCAGGUUUCGAUUUGCAAGGUUUCCCGGCAGCAGCUAAAUUUCUUCAGCAACAACAGGCGUUCCAGGCGGAAAAUGCCAGGCAAAACGAAGGGAAUGAUGGUGGGUCUGGAUCGGCGAUGAAAAUAUUAAACAAUUAACUUAAGUUUUUAUUGUA